UGUUAUCUCGCGAUACAACGCGAGACUGAACAGUUUUCAAGAUGGCGGUGAUGGCGUUGCUCACGAGGUGUUCGUGUGUGUUAUCGGCGUUUUUCGCCGUCCUUGCUGUCCAGGCGCAGACCAUGAACCCCGGGGACUACAUGAAGAGGGAACACUCCCUCAUGAAGCCAUACACAGGUACCGGCAGUAUGAGCAUCCCCCUGUGGGACUUUGGCGGCAGCACGAUGGUUACAGACAAAUACGUGCGGUUAACUCCAGACCACCAGAGCAGACGCGGGUCACUCUGGAACCAAGUGCCAUGUUUUGUACGGGACUGGGAGAUGCAUGUCCACUUCAAGGUCCACGGUCUGGGGAGCAGUCUGUUUGGGGACGGCUUCGCUGUCUGGUAUGUCAAAGACAGGAUGCAGCUAGGACCUGUGUUUGGGAACAAAGACAAUUUUGUUGGUCUGGGCAUCUUCUUUGAUACUUACAGCAACCACAAUGGACCUCACAAUCAUCAACACCCGUAUGUGUCAGCAAUGGUGAACAACGGUUCCCUAACAUACGACCACGACCGAGACGGUACGCACACCCAGCUGGCAGGAUGUCACGCUCAGUUCCGCAACAAGGACCACGACACACACGCCGCCAUCAGAUACAUGUCGUCUCAACAGAGGCUGACAGUAAUGGUUGAUGUUGAUGACAAGAAUGAAUGGAAGGAGUGUUUUGAUGUGACAGGAAUCCGCCUGCCGCAGGGGUACUACUUUGGGUCUUCAGCUGCAACUGGUGACCUGGCAGACAACCAUGACAUCAUCUCCAUGAAGAUGUACGAGCUGGACACGCCCAAACAGGACGACCUGCCCAACUGGAAGGAGCCGGGCGCAGACUUCUUCGCACCCCCGAGGGAUCACCUUGAUGACCCAAGAGGAGCUUUUAAAAACAUUUCCCUGUCUGGGUGGAAAAUGGCGGCCAUCGUGUUCUGUGGCCUGCUGGGAGUCGUAGUCUGCAUCGUCGUCGGAGUUGUAGUUUUCCAAAAACGACAAGAAAGGAACAUGAAGAGAUUUUACUAGUAAAUUUAAAAAGCACAAGAUGGAGGUGUGCAAUGGUGGAUUGCAAGAAAUAUCUGUUUGGUAUAGGAGACACAGGGGCCAUGUCAAAUUGCCAUAUUUCACAAUAAAUAUAAAGAUUUUAGACUCCCUCAGCAAACAUGAAUUCUCCACAUUUUGUAGGGUCCAGCCGACACCAUUAAUAUCAACAUGGUUCAUGGGUUUCAAGAGGAGAAACAUAGAAAGAUAUUGAACUGCACAAAUGAAUGAAUGAAUGAUGCAAAAUGUUACAAGCAAACUAUCAUGCUAGUCCAAGCAAACUAUCAUGCCAUCUUGUUAGUUUAUAGUCACUCCACUUGUUCUCACCAUGAUUGUUGGUGACCAUAAAAAGGAGAGGAGCAUAGAAUAAUAAGGAUGGCACCCAGGCUUGUCUACCGCAGUUUUUUUUUUUUGCAAAGCAAAUGUGUACGAUUCAAUUCAUCAGGCAAACAAGCAGUUUUGAAAUACUUUUGACAACAAAUUACAUUUUCUGAUCAUAUUUGACAAUAACAAUUACCAUAUGUUUGCAACAAAUAUUAUACCAAUAAACUUUUGGCGUUAACAGAUACAUGUAUGUUAUUUGAAUAUCACUAUUAUUGCCUAAUAUAAUCAGAAAAUGUUGUACUUUGGAGUCACAAGGAGAAUGAAUGUUAUUGAAGGCCAGAGUUUCUGUCUAUAAGUAGACUUGACUGCCUUUAGUGAACGUGUAAGUAGUAGUACUAAGUACUGCCUGGAGCAUGAUGAAUGAAUAUUUGUGUCUGACUUUCAUCCCACUGUGAUUGUUAAGGAAACCAUCUUGUAAGUCGCAUCUUGCGAUUGAAGUGUUAUGCACAGAAGCAUAUAUGAGAAGCAGUUUUUCCCUGUUCUAUGAGAAUGUAAGGUGUAGGCACAGGAGCACCCACAGCAGUUGUGAAUGUGUGUUUGUACUGAUUGCGAGAGGGGAGGACUUUACUGGCUGGUCACAUUCGUUGUACAGUUGUCAUACAAUUGCAAACUGAAAGCAUUCUUAGACAGUCGUGCAUAUGUCAUACAAAAUCCAGCAGUCUUGUAACAGAAAGGCCUGCGGUAGGUCCUUUUUGGCUGUUGGUUUAGUCACAGUCAACUUUAAAAUUCACCGUCAACUUGAAAAUUCUGCAGCAUCAAAAUCGUAUGAUGACCUAUGAUGAAUGUGACAGUGGUAUAAGCGUUGUAAGAUAAUAAAAUUAUAGGCAUCCUGAUCAGAUGUUCCAUCAGUUAUGCUGAGUUAGGGGUCCACUAAUUGCAAUGGUGACUACCGGGGUAGUCAUCAAUGUAACCUGUAUCUUAUCCCUGUGCUUUUUCUGAGCAACAUAACAUCAUCUGUCACUACUAAGAAGUGUUGACAAGAAAUGACAAGAAACCCUAAGAAUUAGUUGUUUGAGUUUGAAUAACACAAUUUUGAUUGUAAAUCUUAGUAGGAAUGAUUGACUGCUUUUCUAUCCCACAAGCCUUGUGAACUUUGAAGGUUGGGCACUAAAAAGACUUGAGCAAAAUGUGAACUAAGUUAUAGGGCUUGGAUUCUAGGUGGGGUUCAGCAAAUUAUAUUUGAUCUUUGAGUUGUAUGUGUAUGUUAUAACCUCCUUUAGUGAUGCUCCUUAGCCACUUUGUGAUCCUAUG